CGGGCGCUGAGGCUUCCGCGCCUGCUGGUUCCUCGCUCCGGGGCGGGGCUCGCGAUAGCAAGCGGGAGCAGGGCGCGGGGCGGGACCCGGGUCCGAGGCGAGGAAGCCGGAAGCCGUGCGCGGGGAGCCUCCCCCUUCGACUGCAGCCUCGCUCGGCGCCUUCUGCACUCCUGGGAUCCCGGAGCCUGUCUAGUUCUGUGCGCUCCCGCCCAGGCCGGUGCCCGCCGCCCGCCUGCGCCCCAGGCAGGUCCCAGGCCUCCGGCUGCUCCCGGCCGAAGGUGGGGACUGGCAGUGGCAGGCACCGCUGGCGAGGGCGUUUGGGGACCCAGGGUGACCACGGCGCAGCCAUGGGGACCGCGCUUGUGUACCAUGAGGACAUGACGGCCACCCGGCUGCUCUGGGACGACCCCGAGUGCGAGAUUGAGCGCCCUGAGCGCCUGACCGCAGCCCUGGACCGCCUGCGGCAGCGCGGCCUGGAACAGAGGUGUCUGCGGUUGUCAGCCCGCGAGGCCUCGAAAGAGGAGCUGGGCCUGGUGCACAGCCCAGAGUAUGUGUCCCUGGUCAGGAAGACCCAGGUCCUAGGCGAGGAGGAGCUGCAAGCGCUGUCCGGACAGUUCGACGCCAUCUACUUCCACCCGAGUACCUUUCACUGUGCACGCCUGGCCGCAGGGGCUGGACUGCAGCUGGUGGAUGCUGUGCUCACGGGAGCUGUGCAAAACGGGCUUGCUCUGGUGAGGCCCCCCGGGCACCACAGCCAGAGGGCAGCUGCCAACGGGUUCUGCGUGUUCAACAACGUGGCCAUAGCAGCUGCACAUGCCAAGCAGAAGCACGGGCUACACAGGAUCCUCAUCGUGGACUGGGAUGUGCACCAUGGCCAGGGGAUCCAGUAUCUCUUUGAGGAUGACCCCAGCGUCCUUUACUUCUCCUGGCACCGCUAUGAGCAUGGGCGUUUCUGGCCUUUCCUUCGAGAGUCAGAUGCAGACGCAGUGGGGCGGGGACAGGGCCUCGGCUUCACUGUCAACCUGCCCUGGAACCAGGUCGGGAUGGGAAACGCUGACUACGUGGCUGCCUUCCUGCACCUGCUGCUCCCACUGGCCUUUGAGUUUGACCCUGAGCUGGUGCUGGUCUCAGCAGGAUUUGACUCAGCCAUCGGGGACCCUGAGGGGCAAAUGCAGGCCACGCCAGAGUGCUUCGCCCACCUCACACAUCUGCUGCAGGUGCUGGCCGGCGGCCGGGUCUGCGCCAUGCUGGAGGGCGGCUACCACCUGGAGUCACUGGCUGAGUCAGUGUGCAUGACAGUACAGGCGCUGCUGGGCGACCCGGCUCCACCCCUGUCAGGGCUCAUGGUGCCAUGUCAGAGUGCCCUGGAGUCCAUCCAGAGUGCCCGUGCUGCCCAAGCCCCGUACUGGAAGAGCCUGCAGCUGCAAGAUGUGACCCCUGUGCCGACGAGCCCCAGCACCCACUCCCCAGAGGGGAGGCCUCCACCUCUGCUGCCUGGGGGUCCCAUGUGUAAGGCAGCUGCACCUGCACCUGCACCGAGCUCCCUCCUGGACCAGCUGUGCCUCUGCCCUGCACCCUCUGUCCGCACCACCGUUGCCCUGACAGCGCCAGAUAUCACACUGGUCCUGCCCCCUGAUGUCAUCCAACAGGAAGGGUCAGCCCUGAGGGAGGAGACAGAAGCCUGGGCCAGGCCACACGAGUCCCUGGCCCGGGAGGAGGCCCUCACUGCACUUGGGAAGCUCCUGUACCUCUUAGAUGGGAUGCUGGAUGGGCAGGUGAACAGUGGCAUUGCAGCCACUCCAGCCUCUGCUGCAGCAGCCACCCUGGAUGUGGCUAUUCAGAGAGGCCUGUCCCACGGAGCCCAGAGGCUGCUGUGUGUGGCCCUGGGACAGCUGGACCGGCCUCCAGACCUCGCCCAUGACGGGAGGACUCUGUGGCUGAACAUCGGGGGCAAGGAGGCAGCCGCCCUAUCCAUGUUCCAUGUCGCCACGCCACUGCCAGUGAUGACUGGUGGCUUCCUGAGCUGCAUCUUGGGCUUGGUACUGCCCCUGGCCUAUGGCUUCCAGCCUGACCUGGUGCUAGUGGCGCUAGGGCCUGGCCAUGGCCUGCAGGGCCCCCACGCUGCACUCCUGGCUGCCAUGCUUCGGGGACUGGCAGGGGGCCGAGUCCUGGCCCUCCUGGAGGAGGACUCCACACCCCAGCUAGCAGGGAUCCUGGCCCGGGUGCUGCGUGGAGAGGCACCUCCUAGCCUAGGCCCUUCCUCUGUGGCCUCCCCGGAGGACGUCCAGGCUCUGAUGUACCUGAGAGGGCAGCUGGAGCCUCAGUGGAAGAUGCUGCAGUGCCGUCCUCACCUGGUGGUUUGAAAUCGGCCAAGGUGGGUGCAUUUACGCCGCAGAAAUGACACCGCACGCCAGCGCCUCGCUGCCGCGAUCCGGACCCCAAGCCCGCGGCUCCCACGACUCCGGGGCACGGAACCCCGCCCCCUCCCACCCCCGUCCCCUCCCACCCGUGCUUCCCCCGCUCCACCCCUCACUUCGCCUCGCCCCGCCCCACCCAUCGCGCCCUGGCCCGUCCCAUCCGAGCCCAUGCAACCCACCCUCGGUCCCGUUCCGGCCCCUGCGCCCCGUUGCCCUUCCCUCCCCGCCCUUGCGCCGUUAGUAAACAUGGGUCAAACGAAA